AUGGAGGGUUCAGCUGCAGGACACAGGCGGGUCCAUCAGCGUGGCGUCCAGGCGGGCCCCUCGGUGGCCAGUGUGGGGAGAGAGCGCCACCUAGCGGUGGCAGCAGCCCUGUGGACCCACUUCUUCCCCUUCCUGCGAAGCCUGCGCCUCUCCCAGACCCCCCCAGCCCCACUGGCAGACGCAGCCGCAGGAUUCACUCUCUUGGCCUUUGACCUGCCGAGCUCCGCCCCCCAGGACCUCCAGCCCAACCCUGUCCAGUCCAUCAUGCACUGCUUUGGCUGGGAUGACAUGCUUAACCCCCUCUUGGUGACUCGUUACCUCCCUCACCUGCUGCAAGACGGUGAGCUGGUGGCGGCGGUGAGCUCCUGCUCCGGUGCUUCUGCUUCCGGUCCGGCCCAGGCUCUGUGUGUGAGAGCCUGGUUCCGGUGCUUUCUCCAGCAGCACCUUCACAAGAACCCAGACAGGUCCGACAGCCGUGCAGGCAGGGCUCUGGAGGAACAGCUGGGUGAGCUGACCAGGCUGGUUCUGCGGCUGCCUGAGGUGGACUCCCUACUGCAGCGUUCUGGGCUGCAGCCUGCAGCCUCCAGACCGGAGCCCAGACCAGCUCUGCAGCUCUUCAUCAAGGCCGUGGGCCGGGUCUACGGUGGUCUCCAGGUUCUGUCGGAGCGCGCUGCCAUGGUUACCAAGGCUCUGGACUACCUGGGAGACUUUCUGAAGCAUGUCAAACCCUACCUGGUCAACAAGAACCCUGAGGGUCUGCAGCUGGCCUACUGGGUUGGAGGCUGUGUGGUGAUGCACUGGAGCCCCCUGCUGGCCUCCUCCAGGGCCCAGCAGCAACUGUUCCGCUUGGUGGAGGUCCUCCUGCUGCCCCAUUCCCUGACCCACCUGGAGCAGGCCCUGCGAGACAGCCUGCCCCUCUACCUACAGGGUCUGUCCGUGGCAGCCGGCAUGUCCCAGUCUCAGGGGGCGGGGCUAAAGCAACAGCUCCGCAGCGUCAUCUCCAAGUACUUGGACCACUUCCUCCCGGCCACGCCCUCUGCUGGAGUCAUAGCCAAUCACCCGGUGCUGCUGGCCGCCUGCGAGGCCACGCCCACCCCCCAUGGGGCAGGACUGAGGAAGAGCAUCCUGCAGGUCCUCUGUGACAACUUCCUGCAGUUCAAGGGCCACGCCCCUCCUCCCCGCCUGGCCGCCAUCCUGGCCUUCCUAUUGGAGCUGCUGAGACGGAACAAGGAUGCUGACCCCGCCCUGCUCACCGUGCCCCUCCCCUCCGUGCUGCGCUGUCUGAUGCUGGUCAACGAGCCACAGGUGAGGAGGAUCGCUACAGAGGCUCUGCAGCUGCUAGUGGAGAGGUGUGGAGCCGCAACAGAUGGACCAUGUGACCAGACCACCACUGUCUUAAAGUCGUUUGUAGAGGAGAACGAGGGUGUGUACGACAAGCAGGUCUACAGUGUUCUGGAGACUGUGGCGGUUCUAGACCUGCCAGUGGUGCAGGUUCUAGUGCCGGUUCUGUCUCUGAGCUUGAGGAACACGGAACAUAAGAGAGGCCUGGGCAGGAACAGUGCCUUGAGGAGUGCCUACAAGAAACUGCUGAGCAUUUUGGGAGAUGUAGGCCAAGCUGAGGCCAUUAGUCUGGAGGAGGAGUGACCCCUGGACUGCAUCACAUGACCCCUGACCCGCCCCUGACCCCCCCAGCUGACACAUAGAAGUCAGAAUAUAUAUGCUUUGGACAGAAUGUAUGUCUUCUAUCUAUUAAUUUAUUUGUAUUUGUACAGAUGCAGUAUGAUCGUGUUUAUCAUACAUUCAUGAUAAUGAUGUGGAUUGUUAUUAAAAUGAAGA